CGGAGGGGCUCGGGGCAGGCGCGGCCCCUCGGAGGGGUGUGAAGGGGCAGCGGGCCGGGGCUUGGGGGUCCCGGGUCAGAGAGGCCGGAAGGAGCCGCUCCAAGCGCUCGGUGACCCCGGGAGAAGCGGGGAGCAGCAUGGCCUGGGCGCUGAAGCUGCCGCUGGCCGACGAGGUGAUCGAGUCCGGGCUGGUGCAGGACUUCGACGCGAGCCUGUCGGGCAUCGGGCAGGAGCUGGGCGCCGGGGCCUACAGCAUGAGCGACGUCCUUGCCCUGCCCAUCUUCAAGCAGGAAGAGUCGAGUUUGCCUCCCGAGAACGAGAACAAGAUCCUGCCUUUCCAGUACGUGCUGUGCGCAGCCACGUCGCCUGCCGUGAAGCUGCAUGAUGAAACCCUCACCUACCUGAACCAAGGGCAGUCCUAUGAAAUCCGGAUGCUGGACAACAGGAAGAUCGGGGAGCUGCCGGAGAUCAAUGGGAAGCUGGUGAAGAGCAUAUUCCGGGUGGUGUUCCACGACCGGCGGCUGCAGUACACGGAGCACCAGCAGCUGGAGGGCUGGCGCUGGAACCGGCCUGGGGACAGGAUCCUGGACAUCGAUAUCCCAAUGUCUGUGGGCAUCAUUGACCCCAGAGCAAACCCAACUCAGCUCAAUACUGUGGAGUUCCUAUGGGAUCCUUCCAAGAGGACUUCUGUGUUUAUCCAGGUGCACUGUAUUAGCACCGAGUUCACCAUGAGGAAGCACGGAGGAGAGAAGGGGGUGCCCUUUCGGGUCCAGAUCGACACAUUCAAGGAGAACGAGAAUGGGGAGUACACGGAGCAUCUGCACUCUGCCAGCUGCCAGAUCAAGGUCUUCAAGCCCAAAGGAGCUGAUCGGAAGCAGAAGACGGACAGGGAGAAGAUGGAGAAGCGAACACCUCAUGAGAAAGAGAAGUACCAGCCUUCCUAUGAAACCACAAUCCUCACCGAGUGCUCCCCCUGGCCAGAGAUCACCUACGUCAAUAACUCCCCAUCCCCUGGCUUCAACAGUUCCCACAGCAGCUUUUCCAUUGGCGAAGGCAAUGGCUCUCCGAACCACCAGCCCGAGCCCCCUCCUCCCAUCGCAGAUAACCUUCUGCCCACCAGCACGCCACAGGAGGCCCAGCAGUGGCUGCACCGGAACCGGUUCUCCACCUUCUCACGGCUCUUCCGGAACUUCUCCGGUGCAGACCUGCUGAAGCUCACCAGGGAGGACGUGAUCCAGAUCUGCGGCCCCGCGGAUGGCAUCAGGCUCUUCAACGCGCUGAAGGGCCGGAUGGUGCGGCCCAGACUGACCAUCUACGUGUGCCAGGAGUCCCAGCAGCUCAGGGACCUCCAGCAGAAGCACGAGGACGGGGACACAGUGACCAGCACGUUCUUUGUGUACCACGCCAUCUACCUGGAGGAGCUGACGGCCGUGGAGCUGACGGAGAAGCUGGCCCAGCUCUUCAGCAUCUCCUCCCAGCAGAUCAGCCAGAUCUACAAGCAGGGCCCGACGGGGAUCCACGUGCUCAUCAGUGACGAGAUGAUCCAGAACUUCCAAGACGAGUCCUGUUUCGUUCUGGACACCAUGAAAGCUGAGACCAAUGACAGCUACCACAUCAUCCUGAAGUAGGAGGGCCCGGCAGGAGGAGCACUCGCCAUCCUCCCAUCACCACUGGAGACCCUUCCCUUCCAGCACAAGGACACGAGCAGAGAUCUGGGGACUCAGAGCAUCCCCUGCAAAGCC